GGAAUGAUUUUGAAUUUUGAAUUUUUAAAUUUAAUCUAAAAGAAAUCAGCGCUUAGGAUGCGGGUGUGUUUGCGCAUGAGAUACCAUUUCUUUUUCUUUGUUUUUUUAUGGCUGCGCAGACGACGUAAGCAGAGAUCGAAUGCGUUGCAUGCGUUGUUUUCUCUUAUUCACUCACUCACUCACCCAUUCAUUUGCUGUUUCUUUCGGCCAUGUGCGUGCACCAAUGGUAUUCAGGUUCAGAACAGGAUACGGACAGGAGCACUCAAAAAAACUGUGGCUCUAAGCACAAUCCAUAUUGGAAUGACGAGAGGGGGUUCCGGGUCACAAAUGUGGGAAAUGAGCUGGUUUUUCCCGCUUCUUUUUUGUGGGAUGGGAAUAUUUUUUCCAACAAAUUAAUCUGGACAAGGAAGAUAAAAAUAAAAAUAGACAGUUGCAGUGUUAAAUUGCCGACAAAAGCGGAACGUGCCUAUUACACAUUGAAGUGUAAAGGGUUCCUUAGAACUGCUCCCCCUUAUCCGGCAAAUAAAUAAGAAAUUAGAACAAUAAAGGCACAGAUAGCAGAAGUUUUUUAUUCAAACUCGGAGUCUUGUGCGCCUUUGCUCUUGUAUUAUUGUUCUAUUCGAGGCUCUUGACCAAUGAAUGCAACUAUUACAACAUCAGGAAGCAAAUUAAAUAGAAAAAGAGCGUUCCUUUUCUUUCAAAGAGCUUUUCUUUCAAAGGGCGACCCGACCCCCGGCAAAUGCCUCCCACUCAACGAAAAAAGAAUGGCGAAAACGAAAUGGCCGAAGGAUUAUUCCCGUAUAAAAGGAUCCAAAGACCGAGCAAGUGAGACUCAGCUCUCACUUCUCUGGCUGUAAAAAAGCACAACCUU